CAAUCAGGAGGCUCUGGGAGGCGGAGGGGUGGCUGGGCUCUGCCUACGGGACAUGAGGGGAAUGAGGACGCCCGGGGGAAGAUCGUGUACGCACUCCCAUUUGCAAUCCCGUUUCCCAGCCGCUUUUCCGGGGGCUGCCCCGGUCUCCGCUGCCCCCGCGCCUCUCCGCGGCGUUCGUACCGGCUUGCGUACCCCAAACCCGCCUCCUCUGCCGGGAUCCGCGCUCUGAGUGGCUUUUCUGCCUGCGCCAGCGCCCUCCAGCCUACACGUCUAUUGGCUGUGGUGAGGAGUGGGAGCUCUGAAUGGCUGCGCGGCGCUCAGGUCCCGUCCCCCAGGCUGCUCCCGGAAAGGAAGAUGGCGGCGGCAGCAGUGGCUGCGGUAGCGGCGGACGAAGCAGAGCGGGCGCGGGGCCGCAGAGCCGCCCUGUCCUUCGCGGCCAUCGCUGUGGUACUGGGACUGCCGCUGUGGUGGAGGACAACCGAGACCUACCGCGCCGCGCUGCCCUACACCGACAUCGAGGGGCUGGGCCAGCUGCCGUUCCAGCUCACCGUGCCUCUCGCCGUGGUGUUCGCCCCUGGGUCGGUGCCUGGGGACCUACCGAGGCCGCUGCCUUUCAGAGAUGUGCAGGAGAUGGAGAUCGCCGUCAACGUGAGAACCAGCAUCACCUCCCGAUAUGAGAUGGUCUACCGCAGCACCACAGCUCAGGAGGAGGCAGCGCUGAAUGUGGCUACUGCACGAGAGGCUGAUGCAGCUCUGCACCCACUGCAGGACACAUCAUUGGGCUCUCUGACUGUGUAUGUGGUCCCUGAAACCUCCUCUCUCCUGCCUCAGGGCACCAGAGUCUAUGUGGGGAAGCACCGCAGUGCCCUGCUGAGGGCUGAGGGGGGUCUGGCUGCCCUCCGCACCCACCUCCGGCAGCUCACACAGGUGAUGUCCUUCACGGCCAGUUCCAUCGCUGCUGCCCUCUCAGACCGUGUGCCCGACGGCCACCUCAGCCCUGAUGCUCGGCGGCACUUGAAAUCCAGCCUCGGGUAUGAGAUCACCUUCAGCCUGCUGAACCCUGACCCCAAGUCCCACGUGGUGAACUGGGAGAUUGAGGAUGCGGUGAACCGCUAUGUGCAGCCUGUCCUGGACAAACUGAGCUUGGUGGCCAACUUCUCUGUUGACUCCCAGAUCCUGUACUAUGCUGUGCUAGGAGUUACACCACGCUUUGACAAAGAGUCCUCCAGCUUCAUCCUGAGUGCCCACAGUCUCCCACAUGUCAUCAACCCCGUGGAGGCCCGGCUGGGCUCCAGCGCUGCCUCACUCUACCCCGUGCUGAACUUCCUGCUGUAUGUGCCAGAGCGUUCCCACUCUCCUCUCUACAUUCAGGACAAAGAUGGAGCCCCAGUGAGCACCAACGCCUUCCACAGCCCCCGCUGGGGUGGCAUCAUGAUUUACAACAUUGAAGCUCCUGCUUCCCCCCAAGCUUCUUUCCCACUUCAUGUGGACGUGGACAUGGUGCGAGUGAUGGAGGUUUUUCUGGCCCAGCUCCGGUUACUUUUUGGGUUGUCUCGGGAGGAGCUGCCUCCUGAAUUCCUAGUGGAGAUCACAGGGAAUGAGGGGCUGGCUGACUGGGAGCUGGACCGUCUGCUCUGGACCCACACCAUGGAGAACAUUGCCACUGUGUCCACCACCUUGACCUCACUGGCCCAGCUCCUGGACAAAAUUGGGAACAUUGUCAUCAAAGAUGAUGUUGCCUCUGAGGUGUACCGAGCUGUGGCCUCAGCACAGAAUGCCAUGGCAGAGCUGGCCAGGGGCCGCCUCCACUCAGCUUUCCAGGCCAGUAAGGAGGCAGUCACCUCCUCGGAGCGUGCCUUCUUUGACCCAUCUCUCCUCCAUCUCCUCUACUUCCCUGAUGACCAGAAAUUUGCCAUCUACAUUCCUCUCUUCCUGCCCAUGGCUGUCCCUAUUCUCCUCUCUUUGGUCAAGAUUGUCCGGGAGACCAGGCAGCAAAAGAAGGAGCCCACCAAGAUGGACUGAGCCCAUGGCUGUGGUGCCCUGCCUUAGGGCUGGGGUUGUUCCCACCUUGUCGAGGGUGUUUUCACAGACUCAUGGCCCAAGGAAAUGCCCCAGAACUGUGUCAGGGGCCAGCUGCUCAGCUUUGGUCUGCCAGGGCCAAGUCGCAGUGGUGGGAAGAGAGGGGAGGGAGGUGCUCUCAGUCUGUGUCCUAAGCUGUGCACCCAGCACUGCUGAGAUCCAAGAGGAGAUGGCGGGAUGUCUCCCUGUGUGCCCCCCCUGUAUUUGGGCCUGCACUGUAUUUGGAACAAGCUGCUGUAUAAAUAAAGGAAAAACCCCAGUUGAGGGGGGGCUGG